AUGACCACAGAGGCUAGAAAUCUCUCCCACUCUGUGAGUGACUUUGUCCUCCUGGGCUUCCCUUGCCGCUGGGAAAUACAGGUCUUCCUCUUUUCCUUAUUCUUUGUGACAUACAUCCUGACUAUCCUCGGAAACAUGGCCAUUGUGUGUGCAGUGGGCUGGGACCGCCGGCUGCACACCCCCAUGUACAUUCUGCUGGCCAACUUCUCCUUCCUGGAGAUCUGCUAUGUCAACUCUGAUGUGCCCAACAUGCUGGCCAACUUCCUCUCCAAGACCAAAACCAUCUCCUUUGUUCGAUGCCUCCUGCAGUUGUACUUCUUCUUCUCACUGGGCACAACUGAAUGCUUAUUUCUCUCCAUCAUGGCCUAUGAUCGGUUCCUGGCAAUCUGCCGCCCCCUGCACUAUCCCACCAUCAUGACCACUAAGUUCUGUAGCAGCCUGGUCAUCUUCUGCUGGGUCUACGGUUUCCUCUGGUUUCUGAUCCCUGUGAUCCUCGUUACUCAGCUGCCAUUCUGUGGUCCAAAUGUGAUCGAUGACUUUCUGUGUGACCUCGGUCCCCUGCUGGCCCUGGCUUCAGCCUGUGUCCCGAUCCCAGGGACUGUUCUCAUCUGUGGCACCAUGAGCUCCCUCCUCAUCUUUGCCACCUUUUUCUACAUUACUGGCUCCUACACCCUGGUGCUGUGGGCUGUGCUGCAAGUGCCCUCUGCUGCCGGCCGGAAGAAGGCCUUUUCCACCUGCUCUUCACACCUGGCUGUCGUGUUUCUGUUUUAUGGUUCGGUCAUGAUGACUUACGUGAGCCCAGGGUCAGGACAAGCAGAGGGCAUGCAGAAGUUCACAACUUUGUUCUACUCAGUUUUGACCCCUCUUUUCAAUCCUAUGAUCUACAGCCUCCGGAAUAAAGAAAUGAAGGAUGCUUUGAAGAAAGUUCUAAGAGGUUCCUAA